ACAGGAAGACUGAGACUGGGCCUUAGACAAACCCCUGGACUGGGAGGCACAAAUGGUGGGCCCACUUAGGCCUAAGAAACCCCAGGUCAGAGAGCAUUCGAGAAGUAUAGGCAAGGCCUUAGGAAACAGGGCAAACUGUUUAAGCCUGACAGAGCCAUCUGCUCCGUAUAGAGGAAGCCCAGCCCUGGUGGUGCUUCUGGCUUUCUGGGUGGCACUGGGCCCCUGUUACCUGCAGGGGACAGAUCCUGGAGCAUCAGCAGAUGCCGAGGGCCCCCAGUGCCCUGUCACCUGUACCUGCAGCUAUGAUGACUACACAGAUGAGCUCAGCGUCUUUUGCAGUUCAAGGAACCUCACUCAGCUGCCCGAUAGCAUCCCAGUCAGCACCAGGGCUCUGUGGCUUGACGGAAACAACCUGUCCUCCAUCCCCUCAGCGGCCUUCCAGAACCUGUCCAGCCUAGACUUCCUCAACCUGCAGGGCAGCUGGCUGAGGAGCCUGGAGCCACAGGCACUGCUGGGCCUGCAGAAUCUCUACCAUCUGCACCUGGAACGGAACCUGCUCCGGAGCCUAGCUGCAGGCUUGUUCAGACACACACCAAGUCUGGCUUCACUCAGUUUGGGCAACAACCUCCUGGGCCGGCUGGAAGAAGGGCUGUUCCGGGGCCUCAGUCACCUUUGGGACCUCAACCUGGGUUGGAACAGCCUAGUGGUCCUGCCUGACACGGUGUUCCAGGGCCUGGGCAACCUCCAUGAGCUGGUGCUUGCUGGCAACAAACUGACUUACCUGCAGCCUGCGCUCUUGUGUGGCUUGGGCGAGCUGCGGGAGCUGGACCUGAGCAGGAACGCUCUCCGCAGCGUCAAAGCUAAUGUCUUUAUACAUCUGCCCCGGCUGCAGAAGCUCUACCUGGACCGCAACCUCAUCACAGCUGUGGCCCCCCGUGCCUUCCUGGGCAUGAAGGCACUGCGUUGGCUGGACCUGUCACACAACCGUGUGGCUGGCCUCCUGGAGGACACCUUCCCUGGCCUGCUGGGUCUGCAUGUCCUGCGCCUGGCACACAACGCCAUCACUAGCUUGCGGCCGCGUACUUUCAAAGAUCUACACUUCCUGGAGGAACUGCAGCUCGGCCACAAUCGUAUCAGGCAGUUAGGUGAGAAGACGUUUGAGGGCCUGGGGCAGCUGGAGGUACUGACGCUCAAUGACAAUCAGAUCCAUGAGGUCAAGGUGGGCGCCUUCUUUGGCCUCUUCAACGUGGCUGUUAUGAAUCUCUCCGGCAACUGUCUGAGGAGCCUCCCCGAGCAUGUGUUCCAAGGGCUGGGCAGGCUGCACAGCUUGCACCUGGAGCACAGCUGCCUGGGCCGCAUCCGCCUGCACACUUUCGCCGGCCUCUCAGGGCUGCGCAGGCUCUUCCUCCGGGACAACAGCAUCUCCAGCAUCGAAGAACAGAGCCUGGCAGGGCUCUCAGAGCUCCUGGAACUCGAUCUUACCGCCAACCAGCUCACGCAUCUGCCCCGCCAGCUUUUCCAGGGCCUUGGCCAGCUGGAAUAUCUGCUUCUGUCCAACAACCAACUGACAAUGCUCUCUGAGGAUGUCCUGGGCCCUCUGCAGCGGGCCUUCUGGCUGGACCUCUCACACAACCGCCUCGAGACCCCGGCUGAAGGCCUUUUCUCAUCUCUGGGGCGGCUUCGCUACCUCAACCUCAGGAAUAACUCCUUGCAGACUUUUGUGCCGCAGCCUGGCCUGGAGCGCCUGUGGCUCGAUGCCAACCCCUGGGACUGCAGUUGUCCCCUCAAGGCGCUUCGUGACUUUGCCCUACAGAACCCUGGUGUUGUCCCCCGCUUUGUUCAGACUGUCUGUGAGGGAGAUGACUGCCAGCCGGUGUACACUUACAACAACAUCACUUGUGCUGGCCCCGCCAACGUCUCAGGCCUCGACCUUCGAGACAUCAGUGAAACACUCUUUGUGCACUGCUGACCCUGCUACUUACUGGCCUGGUCUGGCUGAACACUGCCUUAUGGCCAGGAUAGUGUUUCACUGUUACAGAAUAAGCUGGCUCUGGAAUACUUACCCAUCUCAAGGGGAUAGGUCAUGGCUGCUCACUUCCUGGAUGCAGGGCAGUACCGGAAGCGAUGUGGCCUAAAUAGGGUGGGCACAGGCCAAGUGCCCGAGGGCCCAAAGGAGGGGAGGUGCUCAGCAGCACACCCUGCUGGCAACAAUUAAAGCAAAUCUGAAGCAUA